GAACCCAGGUUUCUUUGACAAUCUUUUAUGUCUAAAGCGGGACAACAGAAAUGUGUGGGCUUUCUUAAGUUGGAAAGUAUACCUACAACUUGUAAAGUCAUCUGACUCAAAAUAAAAAAACGACCAGUGAAACGUGGAGCCGGAGGGAGUGAGUGACAUACCCGACAGCAGGGCGGCCGCCCACUCACCCACAGACUGGAUGAGUUUUGAUUGUGAAAUGCUCGCUGAGCAGUCGGCACAAUGCUGCUGAGACCGCGGAGGCGCACGGAGCCGGCCAGAGCGAUGUAAUGCUCCCAUCGAGGAGGACACAGAUGGACAGCCUAGUUCAGCCGCUCGUCGCCCAAUACCUCGCCAUGGGAUGCCAAUCUAAAGAGAACCAAAACGAAAGUGUGACGUCGGAGGAAAAGCGAAAAGACGAAGCGAGGGUGACAUCAGGAUGCGCCUCUAGCAAGUCCAGAGUUUCUUCUCCCGCCCGGCCUCACCGGUUCCACAAACCCACUCCAGCACAGACCAACCCGGUUAAAUCAAUAAUGUCCCUGGGACACCUCACCAAGGGUGCAAGCUGGGAUGAGCUGAUGGAGGCCUGUCUGCAGACCUUUGAUGGGGACGGUUGUGUGCAGGGGAGCAGCCACCUGCUCAACAUCACUCUGACCAUGCAUCAUGUCCUCAUGCCCUCCAGUGACCUGCUGGACAAACUCAGAAGUCUAUUUAAAACAGCGAUGGACAAUGAGCAGCCAUUACAGUGCCAGAGGAUAUGUUACCUCAUCAGGCAUUGGAUUCAAGAAUUCUGGAUCAUGUUCCGGUUACACCACAGCUUGUCUGACAGCCUGGACGAGUUCCGGGAAAUGAUCAGAGAGCAAGGACAAGAACAUCUCUGCUCUCUCUUAGAGACCAAAUGGAUAACUGAACGCGAUUGGUCGUGGAAGGCCAGCCAGAGGAUCCAUGCUAAUUACAGUAAGAAGAGGAAGGUCUCUCUUCUUUUUGAUCACCUGGAGCCCAUUGAGUUAGCCGACCACCUCACCUACCUGGAGUUUAAAUCGUUUUGCAGAAUAUCAUUUUUGGACUAUCAGAAAUACAUUCGAAGCUGCUGCAUGAAGGACAUCCCCGUGCUGGAGCGCUCCAUCACCCUGUGCAAUGGGAUCUCUCAGUGGGUUCAGCUGAUGGUGUUGAGCCGGCCCACAGCUCAGCUGAGAGCGGAGGUUUUCACAAAGUUUAUCCACGUUGCACAGUGUCUUCACCGUAUACACAACUACAACACACUAAUGGCGGUGGUGGGAGGACUGUGUCACAGCUCAAUUUCCAGACUGAAAGACACUACCUCACACGUAUCCAGUGAGGUCACCAAGGUACUGAACGAGAUGACAGACCUGCUGUCCUCCCGCAGAAACUUUGACAACUACAGACAAACCUACAACAGAUGUUCAGGUUUCAAAAUCCCCAUCCUCGGCGUCCAUCUCAAAGACCUGAUAUCGGUCAAUGAGGCCAUGCCAGACUAUGUGGAGGACAACAAGGUGAACGUCCAGAAGCUCCAGGCACUUUACAGCCAUAUCAACGAGCUGAUCCAGCUCCAGCAGAUCCCAUCCGGGGUGGACGCAAACAAGGACCUGGUUCAUCUGCUGACGCUGUCCUUGGACCUUUACUACACUGAGGAUGAAAUUUACGAGCUGUCUUAUGCACGGGAACCCAAGAACUGUAAAGCACCUCCAGCCACCCCCUCCAGACCUCCAGUUUGUGUUGACUGGGCUUCAGGGGUAGUGGCUCCUAAACCUGACCCGCGAACCAUCAGCAAACAUGUCCAGAGAAUGGUAGACUCCGUGUUUAAGAACUACGAUCUUGACGAAAACGGAUUCAUCUCUCAAGAGGACUUUGAGAAAAUUGCUGCAAGCUUCCCUUUCUCCUUCUGUGUCAUGGACAAAAAGAAGGAAGGCCUUGUCAGCAGAGAUGAAAUCACCGCCUAUUUCAUGCGGGCCAGUGUCAUCUGUUCCAAGUUGGGACUUGGAUUUGUUCACAACUUCCAGGAAUACACUUACAUGAAACCUACCUUCUGUGACAACUGCUCUGGAUUUUUGUGGGGUGUCAUCAAGCAAGGAUACCGAUGCAAGGACUGUGGGAUGAACUGCCACAAGCUGUGCAAGGAUCAGGUUGCGUUUGAGUGCAAGAAGAACACCAGAGGGACAAACACUAUCGACAGUCCGACGUCGAGCUCCACACCUGUCGCCACGAGCACCUCAGAGGGUUCAGAGGAGUGUCCUUUUCCCUACCCACCCGAUGACAGCAAAGACUGGAGCCCAGAGUCCCCAGUGUCCUCCCGCUUGAGGCCAUCAAGAGUCCACAGCUACACCCAGACGGAGGGAUUUCAGCUGUCCUCUCUCACCAGUGAGAGCAGCUGCCUUCAGCCAUGUCUUUUAGUCCCGGUGCCACCCGCCCUCUCGUCGUGCCCCAGUCCGCUGAUCCAGCGAAAACGACACUGUGCCAAAUGGGAAAACAGAGCCUCUGUUUUUCAGAAGCAAGAAGAAGAGAGCAAACCCACCUAUGAAUCUCUGGAAUCAGAAAACCAUAGGCUCCAAAAAAACAACGACACACUACGUAAGAAACUGAAAGAGGCCGAGCGGGAGGUGGAGAUGCUGAAGACACUGCUAAAGAGACACGCUCUUCACCCAGUGGACGAGGACUCCUCCUCUUAGACUCACACUCACACCUAACCUUACCCAGGGAGAUUCAUGCUGCCCCCGUAUGGCAGAAUGUAUACAGUCUUAUUUAUAGGUCAUGAACUGUGAAGGUGUUUUUAUCAGUAUAAUGAGACCGAGGGGUGGAUAUAGAUGAAGUAAAGCCAGAGACAUUGUGCAUGGUCACCUUUAUUGACGUUUCACAAAGUCUAAUGUAUGAUUUCAUAUGAAAGCCACUGCAGUACAAUCCAGUAAAACAGUGGAAAUGUGGUAUUAAAGGGAAAACGACACAUAUCAAAUGUAUAUUUAGCGAUAUCAGGGUAAAAAGAUUUUAGAACUCUGUAUGCAGUACUGAGCAAAAUAAGCAGCUUUAUUGCUUUGAACAGAUCACAAAUAUGAAAAUCACCGCAUGGGCAUUCUUCACCUUUGGACUCUUUUUAUAAGCAGUCAGUCAUGUAAAAUAUAAGCCAUGAAGAAGGGAGUGCAGUAGUGUAGAGUCUAAAGAAAAGCAGUAUGUGUUUGAUCAAUUCUUGAUCAGUCAGUGAGCGUAGUUAUUUAUGUUAAACAUAAAAUUGAUAUAUGAUGCUUCAGAAAAAUGCAUGUAGUCAUAGUUUUUUUCAGAAUGUAUAUCAUGGGUGAGUCACUACACAUUGUGACGAGAGCCACUCAAAUUGUGAAGCUGUAUUGUUUUUCUUUUUCACCUAAAUGAGUUGUUCACACUUAUUGUCUGAAACACUACAUCAUUUACACAAAUAGUUAGCUAAAGUAACAUUUUGUAAAGAAUCGUGGUACUAUCCCUGACUUAUUUAUGUUUUUCGGUUUCAUGAUUUUUUCUUUUUCUUUUUUUUUUUUGUGCAGCAGUCAUUUUAUUAUUGUGCUCCACCAGUGUUGUACUGUGAAGAAGAGUAAAGAUACACGUAUUUGUAAUGUGUAUAAUGUACUGUAAAUACAAGCAUACACAGUGCCAUCUCAGUUUCGUCUAGUUUUUUCCUCUCUCUUCUAUUCUAAUAAAAAGUGUGCACUCUGUGUCCCCUGUGUUGCUCAUUAUGACCGCCAGGGGUCGCCAAUGUCUCGCAAAAUCCACCUUGCAGGCUUUUCAAAUGAUUGUUGACUUGCAUCUUCCCACUCAA